AUGCAGAAACUCGGCUGUUCCGAACGAUUCACUCAGAUGGCGCGUCAGUUCCAUGAUGACAUGAUAGCGUGAGUCACAAGCAAUGGAGCUGUCUCAGAGGCAUUCUCAGUGACCAAGGGAGUGAGACAGGGCUGCGUGCUCGCGCCUACCCUCCCCAGUUUCAUGUACUCUGCCAUGCGGAUGGACGCCGUCAGUAACAAACGCCCUGGAAUCCGCAUCGCCUACAGGACGGACGGCGAACUCCUCAACCACCGGCGAAUGCACUUCCAGUCGCUUGUAUCCACAACUACAGUUUACGAACUUCUCUUCGCCGACGACUGCGCCCUUGAUGCCACCUCGAAAGGACACAUGCAAAGGGGCGUGGACCUCUUCGACACCGCCUGCGACCACUUCGGCCCGAUCAUCAACACGGAGGAAACGGUGGUUAUAGAUCAGCCGCCACCUAACGCUGCCUACUCGCACCCCAAAUUAAUGUGA